AGUUCUCGCUCCAGUAAUACGCACGUUACGUUUAUUACGAAGAGUAUUUGAAGAUGCCACCGAAAGCAAGCGGAAAAGCUGUGAAGAAGGCUGGUAAAGCCCAGAAGAACAUCAGCAAGACCGACAAGAAGAAGAAGAGGAGGAGGAAGGAGAGCUAUGCUAUCUACAUCUACAAAGUCUUGAAGCAAGUCCAUCCUGACACCGGAAUCUCCAGCAAGGCUAUGAGCAUCAUGAACAGCUUCGUCAAUGAUGUCUUCGAACGCAUUGCUGCCGAAGCUUCCCGAUUGGCUCAUUACAACAAACGAUCGACCAUCACAUCUCGGGAGAUCCAGACUGCUGUGAGGCUUUUGCUACCUGGUGAAUUAGCCAAGCACGCUGUUUCAGAAGGAACCAAGGCAGUCACCAAGUACACCAGCUCCAAGUAAACGCUUUAGCGUUAUUAGAUUAAUCGGCCCUUUUCAGGGCCAACAAAUUUCUAAAAACAAGAAACAACCUCUGUUCAAUAAUCUGUUUAUUGAAGUUCGUGAAUGAUUAAAACUAACUCGAAAUUUCAGAAAUACGUAACAAUCUUUAAAAAUAGUUGUAAAAUCGAAACCAUUGUAUGGGUGUUUUUCGCGGUGUUUUGCUACUACUUGACUUGCGCAGUACAUUGCAAUAUUGUAAGGUGUCGCGAUCAAUUAUAUACAUAAGUGAAUUAAAUAUUUUCAAUUUUAGUCGUGUAUUCUAUUAAUCAUAUUGAAAAAAUUGCACUAUAGAUAGGUGAAGUUUCUUUUAGAAUAAUUAUUGAAAUUCGUACACAAGCAGAAAGGAUAACGUUUAUACAAAACUAUCAAGCCUCUGAAUAGCUGACGAUAAACAACUACGAUAGCAAAAUGUAAAGCGUCAUAGUUAAAUAUCGAUUUAUGUUGAGAAUAAUUGAUACUGUGACCUUAGUAUUGUACUAUACUCAGAAAUUUCUAACGUAUUCAACAAUGAACAACACGAUUAUUGUGAAAGUUUCUUGCUCGGCUAGUUCAUUGCGAAUGCUUCCUGUGAAAUACAAUAGUAUGACUAUAGUUUGGAAAGAAAGCAAUCACGGGCUCAUAUUUUAAUGCUGGUUUUUAUCCAUAUAAUCAGUCAAAUAUAAUGUUAAUGUUUAACCAAUGAUUUUAGAAGCAUCUUGCAUAAUACAUGCUUUGCAAGGGUUAUAAUCGAAACAUUACAUAAGUACUAUAACCUAUAACAACGGUUCUAUGUAACAGCGUUCUCACAUACAAUUCUUAUUUCACAAAUAUAUAUGUUGUAGUCGA